UAUUUUAACCUUUGGGAAGCGCUAGACUCGUUGGGGUCAUAUAACUCCUGAGGAAUGGAUAGCAGUUGGUUUGAUUCAAGGGAAAAGAGGCAAGUCCAGUUAUUUGGAUCAAGAGCCCCUUACCUUGAGAAGAGUAGAUGGAGGGAGGGAAUGUUGACGGAGCCAACUGUCCCUCCACUCAGUCCCUGCCACUGUGGCACUGGGAGCUACUGCCUCCACCAUCAACACCUCCCACCUGGGCUCAGUGCCACCUCACUGAGCAGUGGCAUUCAGUGCCUGUUGCUGCAAGCAACUCACGCGCAGCAGCUGUGUUUUCCAUAGCACCAGACAUGCUCAGAGACUUCUGGUUCCUCAGUUUCAAAAACUCGUUUAAGUCUUACAUUUCGUGGGUGAUAGCGAACCUUGUGCCCUGGAAUGGCAUUAGGGUCUAGCAACAGCGAAAACAGUACUUGUGAGAGCUCUUAGGACGAGUCUAGACUACUCGACCUGACCUCACCUGAUCGUAAGGUACAGACAGCGCCCCGCACGUGAUGGUCCAGGUGGUGAGGGAUUGUUUCACUGGUCGUACCUGUGGACUACAGUAUCAUCAAUGAGAGGACCGCUUGCCAUCACCUAGUGCCUAACAUAUAGUAACGGAGGCUUUAGUGUUGCCUCACAGGAAAAAUAUGUCGUGACUUAUCAGGAUGUAAAUUGUAGUUUUGUAUAUGAGACCCGGAAACAUACAGGUAUAUUGAACAUUAUGAAUGCUGAGGGCAUAUACCCAUACCUAGGGCAUGUAAACUCACCCAGUGCGAUCUGUGUUAGUUACCCACAUUGAUUCCUAUGUUCAUUAACAGUACUUAUCAUGGGCAGAAACUAAGGGAACACUGAAAACUGCGUGAUCCUUAUAUUAUAUUUGUGUGUCGGACAUUAAAGUAGAACUGCGGGAGGUGAUAACAUUAUGGUGGUGGUGGAACACUAAGACCACCAUCCAGCCAUCACUCUCCUUACUGUGACCGAAAAUGUAAAACUUUCUACAUCUUGUCUUAUGGUUAAUUUACAAGUAGUGUCCUCAUCAUGGAGUGUGUCUUGGUGUUGUAGUGGAGACUUGAGUGAAGGAGCAACAUCCGCCUUGAUGCACAGUAGACGAGCCACUUGACUGUGAUAUCAGCACCACAAGCCCAUCAUCAUUUAUUAUUGUAAUUAUAAUUACGUGAACCGUUAAAUCUGCGUGAGUCAUUCAGCGCAAGGAGUGGUGGAGGCUGGAUCAUCUGUCCGGGUAGCCCAGUAUAUGUUAGUGUCACAUUUGAAAUUUCAAAAUUGUGGCGACCCAGCCAUCCUCCCUGCCACAGUCUGACCAAUCUGUCUCUGUUCGGUUUCGAACGCAUUGCAGAACCUGUAUUUCAACACGAUCUUAACACGGCACCAGUAUUAUCUGUUCACCAGACCUCUGUUACAACUUUCCUGUUAAGACUAAACUACGGUGACUUAGGUUACAUUAACCUAAAUUAACCCAUUACAGCAAAACAAAAUGCAUAACUUGGGAGGAUGUUAUCUCAUGGUAACAGCGGCGGGGUAAACAUAUACUAUACUCUGUCGUAAGCAAGUACGUUGAAAAUUGCAUGCUGGUCAUGAGGACGGGCUGCGUCAGUGUACCGAGUGUAGACACCACAGGAAGUGAUGGAGGGAGCAAGGUGACGGUAAUGGGCACAAACAUGGCGGACGUGGAAGGGGUUUCCACCCCCACCGUGUCACCUGCUUUGACCUCAGGUGACCCACCGAGUAACACUUCUCAUUGCGAUGACGUGGUCGAUCAUAUCCUCAGGGAGGCCAUCUUGGCUAACACUGAGGACCUUCAGGACACUCUGGCUGAAGCGCCGCCGCUCAAGGAUACUAACGAUAAACCAUCAAUGAUCGGUUCUCACGGCCUUCCCCUCCUCAGCAUGUCUUCCACUGAUCCCCUCGCUGCUAAGCCAGACACCGCUCCACCCAAACUAGGGGCGCAGUCCCGCCUCCUCACGUCCCCUACCAGCCCCGUUAGCAUUCACGUUUUUGAUUCCGACGACGUAUCACGAUGCGGGGAACUCAACACACCGCUCAGGUUCGACAGCAGCGAGUUUACGUGGAGACGGUCGGAGGCAGAGGAAGAGGAGGAGGAGGUAGUCUCAAGAAGCAUCCCAACCAUCGAUUAUCUGCAGGUGCCGCCCCAUAAUCGCGCUAAAUUCAGGAAAAGAGCGAGAUUUCCCUUCAGCAGGAGCUCCGAUUCCUUGGCGUCCCCCACCCUAUCAGAAAAACCCACAGCGGCGAAGGUCGCUGCCAGCGUCGCGCCGGAGACCUCCGAAGAUGACACAGAUGGGGAUCAUGACCUGGUCAAAAGAAGAGCGCAACAGGUCUCCAGAGAGUCCCUGGUGGAAACGGUGGACAGUCUUAACGCCGCGAACUGCGUCAUCAAGAUCCCGAAGAAGCAAAGGAAACCUUCGUUCUCGCAACUUGACAUUCCUUGUUACCACCGGCGACCCUCUGGCCAGGCUCUUGACAUCAACUUCGACUACACUUUCACUGUGAUGUACGGGCGGUACACGAAGGACCUGAGCAGGUACGCCAGACAUGAGGCCAAGAAACUCAAAAAGGCAGACAAGAGCACCCUGGAGAGCGGUACUUCAGGUCUGAGACCGUACCGUGGAAGAGUGGCCAGCAAGUGCCUGCGUGCCCUGGGCACUGUAUGGCAGGCAACGUUUGCCAGGGUGGGUGAAGACUGGGUCUUCCUGGCCAUGCUUGGUAUUGUCAUGGCCAUUGUCUCCUUCAUGAUGGACUAUGGCAUCGCCAUGUGCAACAAAGCUCAGCUGUGGCUGUACCGAGACCUGGCGAGUCACCAGGCUCUACAGUACCUGGCUUGGGUUUCCCUCCCGGUCUGUCUUAUCCUUUUCUCAGCCGGCUUCGUCCACAUCUUGGCACCGCAAGCCGUCGGUUCAGGUAUUCCUGAGAUGAAAACCAUCUUGAGAGGAGUUGUGUUAAAGGAAUACCUCACUUUCAAGACUCUGGUAGCCAAGGUGAUUGGUCUGACAGCCACUCUGGGCUCCGGGCUGCCCCUUGGCAAGGAGGGUCCAUUUGUGCACAUUGCAAGCAUGGUGGCCACACUGCUUUCUAAGGGUGUGACUUCCUUUAAGGGCAUCUAUGAGAACGAGUCCCGAAAUUCUGAGAUGCUGGCUGCAGCCUGUGCUGUGGGGGUGGCCUGUUCCUUUGCUGCUCCCAUUGGUGGAGUGCUCUUCAGCAUUGAGGUAACCAGUGUAUACUUCGCUGUCAGGAAAAUACUGGCGAGGGUUCUUUGCUGCUGAUGUGGCGCCCUGAUGUUCAGACUGCUGGCAGUCUGGUUCAACGAUGAAGAAACCUUGACUGCUCUCUUCAAGACUAACUUCAAGGUGGGGUACCCGUUCGAUCCACAGGAACUUUUCGUCUUUGCUCUGACUGGCGUGGUGUGCGGCUUCUUGGGGGCAUUCUAUGUAUGGGUGCACCGUCAGUAUGUCAUCUUCAUGCGGAAGAACAAGAAGAUGAAGGCCUUCCUACAGAAGAGCCGAUUUGCGUAUCCUGUCUUGGUGACACUCAUCGUGCUCACUAUCCAGUUUCCUCCUCUUCUGGGGCAGUUCAUAUCUUCCCAUCAAUCAACACACAGCCAGGUUGUGGAGUUGUUCAGUAACAUCACUUGGACCAAGAAGGAUCACACUGUUCAUGAGUUUCAAGUUGUGGAGAAUUGGAGAACACCAUGGACGGGAAUCUUUGUCAGCCUUCUCUUAUAUGUAACAUUUACAUUGUUUGGCAAUGUGGUUUCCAGCACUCUUCUGCCAUCAGGUAUUUUCAUCCCAGUGUUUAAGAUUGGGGCAGCUGUGGGCCGAAUAGUUGGCGAGACAAUGGCCUACAUCUUCCCUAAUGGCUUGAACUAUGGUGGUCACAAUCACAUUAUUAUACCAGGUGGUUACUCAAUUGCUGGUGCGGCAGCCAUGGCCGGCGCUGUCACUCACACAAUAUCCACAUCAGUCAUUGUCUUUGAACUCACCGGCCAAAUAACUCACAUCAUUCCUGUUAUGGUUGCUGUGCUGAUUGCAAAUGGCAUUGCCCAGCUCCUCCAGCCAUCUGUGUAUGACUCAAUCAUCCAGAUUAAAAAACUGCCAUAUCUUCCUGAUAUUCUUACGGCCACUUCUGGUGCCUACAAUAUUUAUGUAGAGGACUUUAUGGUGCGUGAUGUCAAAUACAUAUGGUAUGGUAUCUCCUAUCGGCAGCUGAAGAAUAUUCUUAAAGAGCACAAAAAAAUACGAUCAUUACCCCUUGUGGAUUCUCCAGACUCAAUGAUUCUUCUGGGAUCAAUCCAGAGGUCAGAACUCAUAUCUAUGUUGGAGGAACACCUGGGCAAAGACCGUCGACUUAAAGUCAUCAAUAAGUGGAAAUUUGCAGCACAGAAUCAAGUGCCAAUGAUCCAGAGACGCAAUACAUUCUGUGGAGUUCUUGAGGCUGAGCAGCUACAGAAGGAGCCAAACAACACACAAGAGGAAAGGAAAAAGACAAAGCAGAGGCUACUUGACAUAGCAGAGGCAAGAAAAAUGAAAUCAACUCCAUUACCCUCACCAAGCUUAUCAAUGGUGGCUGGAGUGGGUGAAGAAGAGAAAGAUUCGUUAUUGAUGCCAUCAACACUUCCAACGGCACCAACAGUUUCAAAUCCAGCUUCCACCACUGGCAAUAUCGCCUCUACCAUACCCACCAGUACUCUCACUCAACUCCCUGUUGUCACUACAGACAUAGUGGAGAAUUCAAAAAAUCAAGAACGAAGACCUUCUAGAUUUGAGGUCACAAAGGUUGAAACUCCCUCUAAAGAAAAUUCAUCUUCGGUCACCCUGCAGAUUGACCCAUUAGAAAUUCCAGCUGUCUCAGACCUUGAACUAGACAAUGAGCAGACACCUCAGAGAAAUACCCUGCCACGGAAAUCUAUUUUGAAAAAGACAAAUAGUUUUAUUCUUCACCCAGCAACCUCUUCACCCAUUGCAUCCCCACAGCACACCCCUUAUGCUACUGUCCAUGCUGGGGACUCCAAACUACGACAAGCCUUUGAAGCUGUGUUAAGAAAGACAAGUUUACUGAGCGACGCAAAUGCUCAUAGCAGUCAGAGUGUGAACUUGGGUGUUCCUAAAAGGGUAUCUUUGCCAAUGGAACGAAUGGUUGCAAUGACCCUUGAACAGCAGCGGAAGUGGGAGGAGGAGGAACUUAAUAAGGAGGUAGACUUUAGCAAGUGCCAUAUUGAUCCUGCACCAUUUCAACUUGUAGAAAGAACUUCACUACUUAAGGUGCACUCCUUGUUUUCCAUGUUGGGUCUCAACCAUGCAUACGUAACAGCCAUCGGUAGAAUCAUAGGUGUUGUGGCUCUAAAGGAGUUGAGAAAAGCUGUUGAAUCAACGAAUUCUGGUGACUUCAGACCCAGAAGAGAUAAGGGUGUUGGGGGCUCUUUCAGGGAGAGGUUUUUGAGAUCAACAAUACGAAGAAAGCUGCGGAAAGCUAUCGAGGAGACUAACUCAGGAGACUUCCCAAAGGCUGAGCCAGCACCAGCUGCUGCCAUGGCAGGGGCCACUGAUACAAACUCUUCCACUCAAGCAACUAAAGCAGAGUCUAAAGAAUAGAAAGCAAAGAAAUAUGUGUAUUUAUUUAGAAUGUCUUAGAAUCAAUAUACAAGUUCAAGCUGUAAUGUUAGCUUUGGAGAAUAUAUUGUAUGUAUUUAUGUAUGUAUGUAACGUAUGUAUAUAUAUGUAUAUGUUCGCGCGUG